AUGAAAGACGAAUAUUCGACACAGGUUAGUUUUUUUUUGAAACAUAUUCACUAUUUCUCAAUUCCAUUCAAUCGACCAAAGAAAACCGAAUCGAAAAUCGGCAUUUCGUGACAUUAGGGACAUCAGAUAACACCCGAUUUUCAAAGAAGAAAUGACUGAACAAAACAUUGUUGACGUCAUCAAAAAAGUUCUUUCAGGAGUGUUCGAUAUGCUCAGCACAGGCUGAUGGAAUGCAUUAUGGCGCACUGAGUUGCAGAUCGUGUAAUGCGUUUUUUCGAAGAACGGUCGUUGAAAAAGCGGUGAGUUUAUCGAUUUCUAACGAUCUUUGAUAGCUACAGUUGUACAUUUUUGUAUGUGUGUCAAUAUUUGAACGUGUGUGUGUGAGAAAGACAAAAAAACUAAAAUCGUUUGGUCUCUCAAUCUCAACUUACCACGGGAUAAAACAUUACUGAACAUGAAACAUUAUCUGGGGAUUUGAGAUAUUUUUAAAUAGGAGAGAGGGAUGAUAGUUUAUAGUUUUUCGGUGUAGAUCAAAAAUUAAUUUUCAUUUCUUUACCAUUUUAAGACAGUGGUCGGGAUUAGCUAGUAAAAGAUUGUUGAAAAAUUCAAGUAGCAAUUAAGAAUAACUGUGCCCUUUCAUUUGAACUUUCCUAAUCGAUAUCAUUUUUUUUCAGAAAUAUGAAUGUAAACAUAGUAAAAAUUGCAAAAUCAAUUCGGACGACCGUUGCAGUUGCCGAUAUUGUCGAUAUAUGAAAUGUAUUGAAGCCGGAAUGCGAGUGGAAGGUAAUUAGUUACGAAAAAAUUGUCUAAAACUAUCCAAUCUGGUUUUUUCUCUUUGCAGCUGUUCAACCUAGACGAGAUCCAACUGGAUCGCAGAAAGAUCGUCGGAAGAGAAUGUCGAAUAAAAUAUCGUCAUCGCAAAGCCCAUGUGGAAGCGCAAAUAGCAGUUUUUCGUCGGAUCAAAAGUGAGUUUUCCAUUUUUCUUCUUACGUUUUUCAUUCAUUUUGAGAGAAUUACCCAAUCAAUCAUAUUAGUGCAAUUAGAUCGUGUAAAAAAUGAAGGUCAAGAACCACUUUUAAGGUCAUUUUUUCGAAAAAAGAACAUUCUAGUUACAGUAUAUCAAAUGGUUCAUUUUCAAUCGUCGAUGCAAUCAAAACUGAAUUUGGAUUUUCAAACCCUCAUCGGAAUUCUUUAUCAAAUGAUAUAUUUGCAACGAAUGAUAAACUGAGCAAGAUUGUAAAAACUGAACUGGAAGAUGAGCAAACCGCAAGUACAAGUGGUGGCUCAGAAAAGGUACGCUUCAAAGAGUUAUUGAAGUCAAGUAACGGCAAAAAAUUCUCUUUUUUUCAGGUUUCACGCAUGAACACACCCAACGAUGACGAUCAACAAGAGUUUCGACAUUUGGUUUUUUCAUACGGGGAACAUCAAAGAAUUAUGCAAUUGUCAUUUUCAACUGUUGAGCAAUUUUUAGACGAGCUUGAAAACGGUCAAAAGUUACGUGCGAUGGAUGCGACAGAUGUUAACAAAUUAUCAGCUGUUGAAUUGACGGGACUACUGUAUUGGAUUGAGAAAAUGCGACCGUAUCGAGAUCUACCUGCUGAUGAUAAAUCGAUGCUAUUGAAACGAUAUUCAGUGAGAAAAUUGAGUCUCGAUCAUUUUUAUAGCGCCUCAAAACAUCCAACAAAUGUGAGUUCAUUAUUUAUGAAUAGAAAAAAAUGACGAAUUCUUAUUUCACCCCAAAAAAAUAAUUGUUGUUUUCAGUGCGAAGCAGGUGAAUUUGUAAUGAAUAAUUAUACAUUUGUGCCGUCUGAUCGGACCGGUUUCGAACUUCCGGAUGAUGAUGAAAAACAGAUUGAAGCCAAAAAACUGUGAGUUUGUUUUGAGCCAAUUUGAAACCCUUGUAAUCUCCCGAAUUAAUCUAACUUCUCCUGUGUCGUAACAGUAACGUCAGCUAUCCUAAAAGGACAGACAUACUUACUUUUUUUGAAAAUAGUGAUUUGAGGACUUUUGCACCAACCUACUCACGAUUUUGGAACAAUGUCAUUAUUCCGUUUGUCAAAUUGCGAAUCACUGAUGCUGAAAUUGUUUAUCUGCAUAUUUUGUUGCUAUGGAGUCAGACAAGUGAGUUUUUUUUUGUUCUUUCGGAGGAAACCAAGUAGAUCAAUAAUUCAUUUGCGUGUUUCAAAAACUUUUUUUAAAACAUUUUUAAUGAACUUCAGUGUAGUUUCAGAAGGAAUUUAACUUGACAAUACACGAUUCUACAGUAUAUUUUUGUUAUCGAUCAUCAAAAUUGUGUUUUUUUUCCAGACAAUGAACACGUCACACAACAAACUCGCGAUAUAAUGAAACAACGACGAGACUGGGCAAUGUGUCGAUUGUUCGAUUGGUAUCAUGAACAUGAUUAUGAAGAACCCGGUGUUCGAUUUGGUCAAAUCACUUUGAUUCUUGGCGAAAUUGAAGUUCGUAUUUCAAUGUCCCCACAAAAUUCCUAUAUAAAAUCAUGAUAUCGAAUUACCAUGAUUUUUGCUCACUCUAGACUUUUUUUUAGAGAAAAGGGAUUUUAUUUUCUGGCAAAAUGAUAUUUUUCGUAUACAAAAUGAAAAAUUCCAGAUAAUUUGCGAUAUGCAUUGUCAAGAUUUCCAAGUUGCGAAACUUUUCGAAUUUUGCGAUAUGAGCAAAUUCUGGUAUGAAUCGUUGUGUUAUGCGCCAUGCAAUACAAAUACGGUCAAAUUCGAUCCGAAUCUCUUCGAAAGUCUGAAAACAUUCACCGCAAUUAGUGUUAUCGAAACACACGGCGGAGUUCCGCCAACAAAACAGCAAACUGAUCAAGCGUGGCAAAAGUUGAACAAUUUUCAAAGUCCAGUUAGACCUGUAAGUUCACCUGAUCUACAAUUAUCUGUUUUCAAACUAUUAUUAAAAUCUUUUUUAGGUUGCUGCCGCUGGUGUAAGUGGUUUGAUGCCAUCAACGUCUGUCCUAAGUUGCGAUCAACAAUUGCUCGAAGUUGAGAAGAAGUUGCAAGAAGAAUAUGUUCGAAAUCUUGCAACACAAAAUUAUCAGCAACAAUUACAAUUCCGUCAACAGCAACAACUGCAACUUCAACAACAAUUACAGCAGCAAAACCUCACAAAUGGUUUUGAAUUUAAUCCCAAUUAUUCGGCAAUGGUUUUCAACCAAAGUGAUAUUGCCUAA